AGCCAUGAAUUAUGGGGGCUGCUACCAUCAUAGCCAAUUGUCUGGAUGAAAAGCAGGCUCUGCCUCACUUAACGUUGGGUGGUAUCUUGUGGCUGAGCAGCAGGUUCACAAUCAGAUCUGCUCGGUGGUUCAGGUCAGCAGGGCAGCUGGAAGGACGGAGACUGGAAAAACUGCUCUAUAACCUGUCAGAGGGGACGCCACCGCCACACGUGUGGGACUGAUGCAGAGGACAGAGGCAAACCUGCGUUAAACAGAACACCGAGUAAAGAUGGUGGGGCUGAGAAACCGCUCCACAUGGGAACCGCUGCUACUCAAAGCCUCCUGCAUCAAGUCUUGUGCAAAUGGAUGCGCCUUGGGCAUCACGGCCCAACUUACAUAUGCUAACGCGGACCUGGAGUCUGUGGAAGGAGUGUUUGUGUACCCACUUGGUGAAAAGGAGGUUGUUGUGGGCUAUGAAGCGGUGAUUGCUGGACGGCUGAUGCGGGUGCAGAUUCAGAGCCGAGGGAAGCUGAAAGACUGCUGCUUGGAUUGUUGCUCCGGACCCGGUCCUGAUCCACACUGUGGGAACGGUCCUGAGUGGAGCUGCUGUGGAACAUCCAGCCUGGACAUGCAAUGCACCAACGGACAUCUCAUCCUGGAUGAAGAUCUGGAGAGAACCACCUUCAUCGUCGGUUGUGGAGUCAUCGGCCCCAUGGAGAUAGUGUCUGUCAUCAUCAGCACCACACUGGAACUCCCCACUUUAGAAAAUGGAGCCAUCCGUGUCGUCUACCCAACCGUGCUCACCCCGAUUGUCAAAGGCCACGCAACCGCAGGCAAGACCGAAAACGGAGGGAAAUCUGAGGAAACUGGGGCGACCAGCUGCUUUGGAGCCACAUCAGGAAAACAAGACAGGAGCUUAGGCUCCGAGCAGCAGUGUUCUCAUCACUUCUUCACUAGUCCUGCAGCUAACCUGGCACCCUAUGAGCUCAGCUUCCAGCUCCUGGUCAGGGGGGCCUGUCUGCUGGCUGGAUUAGAAAGUCCAACUCAUGCGCUGAGAGCAGAUGCAGAUCCAAGUGCCCAAAGUGCAUCAGCCACAUACAUCACCCUGGCACAGGAGCAUCCAUAUGACAGACAUAUUGAAAUCAUUUUGCACCUGAGCAAACCCCACAGUCCACAGGUGAUCUUUGAAAGAGGGAGACUCUCCUUCAGCCAGUACAAACAGCAGAUCUGUUCCCGCCGCGAUUUCAUCCGAUGCACCCGCAAAGAUUCCGACCCAGAAAAAAAGCUGGAGUUUGUUAGGAGACGGUACCACAAGGACAUCCUCUGCAGCCCCGUCCUGAUGCUGAAUUUCUGCCCCGAUCUGCUGUCUGAACCGCUGGAGCUGCACAAAACCUGCAGGGAGCUGCUGUUCCUCGUGGAUCGCAGCGGCAGCAUGAGCGGCACCAGCAUCCAACGCGUCAAAGAAGCCAUGGUGGUGGCCUUGAAGAGUUUGCCUACCGGUACAAUGCUCAACAUUGUCGGAUUCGGGACCACCGUCAAACCGCUGUUCACCUCCAGCAAACUCUGCACUGAUGUGACCCUGAUACAGGCCUAUGAGUACAUCCAGAGGAUGAGAGCUGACAUGAGAGGCACCAACCUGCUGGGGGCGCUCACCUGGCUCUACCAGCAGCCCAUGCAGCGCAUGUACCCCCGCCAGGUCUUCAUCAUCACAGACGGAUCUGUGAGCAAUGUGGCUAAAGUGCUGGAGUUGGUGCGCAGAAACACGUGUGCUGGCAGAUGCUUCGGAUUGGGCCUUGGUCCUCGAGCCUGCAGGAGACUCCUGCAGGGUAUUGCAAAACUCACAGGAGGGGUAACAGAGUUCUUGGAUGAUGAUGAGAGACUCCAGCCCAAGCUAAUCAAGUCUCUAAAAAAGGCCUUUGAACCUGUCCUAACUGAUGUGCGGAUUGACUGGUAUUUACCUGAGAACACGGAGGCUCUUCUCUCACCCAAUGAGAUCCCUCCUCUCUACCCGGGUGACUGCCUCGUCGGAUACUGCACUCUUUAUGACAUGACACAUUUCAAAGCACAGAAGACAGAGGCUCAAGGGCGAGACUAUAGAGAAUUACACUGUGGCUCCAUGGGUUCAGUCUUCAGCCAGUCCAAUGAUGACCUUUCUCCUCCUACCUCUGAGUUGAUGCCGGUGGCGACUUGUGCAAAUGGCACCGACUUGGAGGAGGCUCUUCGAGAAAUCUCCAGAGAAAUCUCUUCUGAAUUUUCCUGUGCACGAGACACAGAUUAUGCAACAACUCUUGGUGAGCUCUUCAACCUGGAUUUGAUUAUUGGAAUUAAGACUAAAGUUGGCUCUUUCUCCAAUCCAGGUGUGGAGCCGGACUGGUCCAGCGACAUAAGGAGGAGGAUCCAGGAGAGCUCUUACAUCCAGGAGCAAUACGUUCUGACCCACUGCUCCCUCAGCAGUGAGAGAAGCCUUCAAACUCAUUCACACACCCUCGACCCAAACUCAGACUCUGCAGGCGGAGUAUUUCAGCCCGACUCGGUGUUGGAUACCGGGUCUCUGCCUCAAGGUCUUGAGAAGAUGCCCCCUCCAGACAAAAGGUCCUCCUUGUCUCGGUGGGCAGACCCGGCGUGGGAGCAAAACCUCUCUGUUGAAACUCCUGAUAUCAGAGCAAAUAAGAGGAGGCAUCUGGAUGAAGAUGAGUCCAGAAGGAGACAGAAAACUCUAGCGCGCUCCACCAUGGCAGCACGCAGCUUCUCGUCCCCUCAAGGUGAACUAGAGAUGCACCGGCUGAGGAGGGCUCUGGAGAGGGUCUCCUUUGAUCAGACGCUGGGAGGGAAGCUGGAUGAAAGCGACGGGGAGACAAAACCCUCCUCUAAGGGGACGGUGUCUCACAGAAGCCUCACUGACUCCAACGGGCUGCUGUUCCCGGCCUCUCCCCUGGACUGGGACAGCCUCACAGACCCAGAGUAUCUCUUUGCUGCUGCUCCACCAGAAACCCCCCCGCCAGGUCAGUGCCGCUCCCUCAUUCACGGCUUCCUGAACGGCAAGCCAGUGUCCUGGGAGGUCACCGUGGACCUGAGGCACCUCUGGAGCCCUGAGGGCCAGGAAAUCACAAGUACUGAGGGGAGCGGAGAAGGUGAGGAGGAAGGGAGGAAAUCGUGGGAGGAGCUACUUCACCAGCUGACCGCUCGCUCGGCUAUUAGGGACUUUGAGAAGAUGGCAGAAAACGAGGGCGUCACCGGACAUGGUAGCUCCAAACGGCAGCGUAUGAAAGCCAUUCAGACCAGCAAGCAUUGCAACAUCAUCUGUAUGUACACAGCCUUCACCACGAUUGACAGUCUCCCCAACAAAAGCCUGUCAGAGAGCAUGGACGUCCACAAAGCAGGGAUUCAUACGUGGAACAGACAGUCUUCUCAGCCCACCAGUCGCAGGCUGGGGGUCUAUUCUGUAGGUCUAGGCAGGAGGAGGACCAGCGGGGACAGUGAGGAGGCUGAGGAGACGUGGAAUUCUACAGACAGAGAUGACACCCCUGCAUCUCCAUGUAGCAUAACAUCCUGGGAUUCUAAUUUUGGUGGCAGCGGUUAUGGCGCUCCAGCCCCUUCUACCAUCAAACAGCAUCGUUUGCAGAGAACAAUCGAAAGCAAGUCAAUGGAGAGCUUCUUUGGCACCAGGUUCCAACUGGGCAGACUCAGGUCCUCCAUUUCAUCAGGGAAGCAGGUUCCUCUCAAAUCCCACUGUUUAUCUGCAGAGACAGACAAACAGCCUGAGAGUGAGACUCCCGACUACCUUCCUCUGGUGCGUCUGCAGCUGGCAUCAGGAGCAUUCUUGCUGACAGAGAUCUACUCUGACUGCAUCCAGAUCCCUCUGGAUCGCCUUAAAAGAGCAUCUCCUUACAGCCUCCACCGCCGCAGUCUCAGCCCAGCUUUCCGCUGUACCUCUCCCAGUGCUCCCUCCUUAUCCACAUCCGGAAAACCGCUCCUGUCCAGCCACCACGUCACCUUUUCCCCGUCCUCCUACUCCCUUGCCAAGCCCACUGCUCCACCUUUCCACCACACUCCAGACGACACCCCGCUUUUUUUGGAGUCCAGGCUGCUGCAGAGACACUUGUCUGAGCGAGACCCCGGCGCCCUGGCUCCUGACCUCCCCAGCUCCGAGGAGGGCUCUCUGGAGCUUUCUGCUGGCCUCUCUCAGAGCCAGAGCCUCGGCCAGGCAGACAGCGGCCGGGGCUCAGAGACAGACGUGUGCGAGGGAUCCUCAGCAGAGCCAGCCGACCUUCAGGGCAGCAGCCAGCAGGCUAAAGAGGAUCUGGAGGGCUCCAGCUGGGCCACAGCUGUGGCGCUGGCCUGGCUGGAGCACCGCUGUGCGGGCUACUUCAUGGAAUGGGAGCUCGUGGCGGCAAAAGCCGACUUCUGGCUGCGCUGUCAGGAUCUGCCGGAGGGAGUGGACCUGGCGGGGCUCAGAGGAGCAGCCAGACAGCUGUUCCUGCUGCUGCGCCACUGGGACGAGAACAUCAAACUCAACAUGCUGUGCUACAACCCCAACAACAUGUGAGACGAGGAAACUGAGCCACUCAUGUCUUUUUAACACCUAAAUGCAAAAAAGAAGAGAAAAAAAGCUAUAUUUUUAAAUCGACAGGCACUUUAACCUUAUAGAAUUUAACAAGUGGCCUUUUAUAUCUAUGCUAUAACACACAAAUGCCUUGACCCUCAGAAUAAGCUGUUUGUAGCUUAGUUUGUGGCUAGUACAAUAUGUGACUAAACCAAAUAUGAUUUCAGAAUGGUUGUAAAAAUGCUUGAUUAUUUAUUAAUCUCAUGAAAAAACAAUUAUUAUUUCUAUAAGGGACCCAAUGAGAUGUGCAUUAUUAGAAAUAAAUGGCCGGAACUGUCCUCUGCUUUUACCAAGUCCUUUGAAGGUCAUUUCUCUACUUAUAUCAUAGUCACUUACGAAAUAACCAAAUACUAAAUCAAUAAUUAAUACUUUAAUGUUGUUAUUUUUUUAGGUUAAAAUAGUUUUUCACAAAAAGUGGACGGUAUUGUCAUGGUAACAGUUACAGAGCCUGCACCGACCUCGCUCUGCUGCAGUGGAGAAAAGUGGAUAUGCUGAUUGUCAUGAGUUAAGACAUAAUUUCAGAGGGGGAGAUCACUUCUUAAGCUACUGUUUUGUUUUUGUCCAAAUGAAUAAUAAGAAAUAAAAGUCUAAAUUGUUCAAAUCCUUGGGUGUC